AUGGCAAAUCGCGUUACCAAGAACCCUCCCCUUCGACCAGGCCAUUAUGCCGCCAAGCUAGCCAAAGCGCUGGAAGAUGAAGCCAAAGCAAAAAACCGCUCUCGCCAUAACGAUGCGGCUAGGUGCGAAUCCAUGUCAUCUGGGUCAACAACAAUAGAGCCUGAAAGCCAUAAUCGCCGCAAAUUUACACAUCAAUCCGAUCGAGAAACGGAGUUGGUCGAUUCAUCACCAGACAGACUGCACGAAUCUACAACAUACGCGAACAGACGACCGUUGGAGCAAGUGAAGCAAGGUCCCUUUACAACUUCAUCCGAAAGAGUAAAGCGGAUGGAAGGAGGCAGAGAGUGGGAAAGGAAGGCUGCUAGGCGACUGCUCAAGCGUGAGCUGGCGGCAGAAAUCAAAAUUCUGAAGAGUGAGAUGGAGGAUCUUAAACAAGUGGUCAUCUCUCUACAGCCGCUUCUGUCUGAGCAAAGUAGGGGAAAGCGAGUGGCUUUCCAAGACGAACUCAGCUAG